AUUCUUAGCUUUUUUCUGCAAAUUUCCUAAUAGGAAGAAGUAAUGGCAGGCAGAACGAAAGCUAUUCCAACCGAAGCAGAAACAGUAGGGGUACGGGAAUUCUUUAUCUGGUUCUUUUUCUGGGGUGACACUUUCCUUAAAGGACUUAGCCGGAGUAAACCAAGAAGACCCCACCCCUUAGGAAGGCUUCUUUCAAAUGGAAAGGAAGAGUAUUCAAAGCCAGCUAGAGCAGAGCUAGUUGUUGGAGUUGUUCUCCUUCCUGUUGGCCCUCCAUCUGAGGAUUGGUCACAGUCUAAGUAUGUAGGAUCUUACUAUAAGUAUGCAGUACUAUCUGAUGCAGGUUCCACGGAUAAUGCCAGUUCUCCGCCAUUCGAUCCAGCAGGCGCAGUAGAAAGAGUAGAAAUUCCUGUUAUUCACACUUCCCAUAGCAUCUUCAUUCUGGUCUAUCUGCAUCCCUCUCUAAGGGCUCUCAGCCACAUGGAUAGUUCAAUGUGCUCAUCAGCGCCUGACCCUGAGAUGUGGAUCAUCCAAGGCACAUUAGCAUGGCGUACUUCUCCUGUUCGAACCGGGGUUUGAAACCAAACUUCGCCUCAGGAGGAUAGAUGGGGCGAUUCUGGUGAGAUCCAAUGUAGAUCCAACUUUCUAUUCACUCGUGGGAUCUGGGCGGUCCGGGGGGGACCACCACGGCUCCUCUCUUCUCGAUAAUCCAU